GCCGCAAGACGGUUGCCCUUACCCCCUGGACCACCUGGACGUUGGUUAUUAGGAAAUGUGAUGCCAAAGUCAUAUGCGCCGUUUCAAUUCGCAAGAUGGACAGAACAAUACGGACCUGUAUUUUCGCUCAAACAAGGCAAUAAGAUUGUGGUGGUUAUAGGACGUCAUCAGGCUGCAGUGGAUAUCAUGGAAAAAGAGGGAGCAAAUGUUGCCGACCGCCCACGUUCCGUUUCGGUGCACGAGACGAUGUCUGGCGGGUUCAGAGUGAUCCUUGAGGGCAGUACUGAGAGAUUGCGCCGGAUGCGCAGCAGGGUCUUGCAUGCAAACUUGCAACCUAAGGUUGCGGAAACCUAUGAGCCCAUGCAGACCAGACAUGCGAAGAAUGUGGUUCUAGAUAUCUUAAAUGAUCCAACGAACCACCAGAAACAUGCCAUGCGUUAUUCAGCUUCCGUGAUCAUGUCCUUCGCUUAUGGAAAGAUUACUUCGACUUCAUAUACAGAUCCUGAAGUCGUUGCCAUCCAUAAGUUUUCUGCGCGUUUUGGUCAAGCUAUGAAGCCGGGAGCAUAUCUUGUGGAUGCGUAUCCAAUCCUGCGUUUCGUACCAGGCUACCUGAGUCAGCUGAAGGCAUGGCACAAAGAAGAACUUGCUUUCUAUACCGGGCAGUUAGACGCAGUGCGAAGACAGAUGCGCGAGGGGACUGCACAGCCAUCCUUUGCGAGGUUCAUGAUAGAGCACCAGAAACAGUACCAGCUCGGAGACAAGGAAAUGGCAUUCCUUGCAGGAGUGAUAUUUGGGGCCGGUGCUGAUACGACUGCGUCCGCAAUCACAUUUAUGAUGAUGGCCGCUGCCACUCAUGCAGAUGCGCAGGCUCGCGUACAAGAGGAACUCGAUAACAUCGUGGGGCGUACGCGACUGCCGACGUUUGCUGAUCUGGAAAUGCUGCCGCAGGUUACCGCUUUCAUGCUCGAGAGUCUCAGGUGGAGACCUGUCACUCUCGGAGGCAUUGCGCAUUGCGCGAUUAAGGACAUGAUUUGGAACAACUACCUCAUUCCGGCAGGUGCUACUGUCAUUGGCAACCAUUGGGCUAUCGCAAACGAUCCUGAAGUCUUUCCAGAACCACAGACGUUCAAUCCUCAGCGUUGGAUCGACGAUGCAGGUCGUGUGCGCGGUGAUCUCCGGUUUUUCCCUUUUGGCUUUGGCCGUCGAGUCUGUGCAGGUCAGCAUGUCGCGAAUCGGUCUGUCUUCAUCAACACGGCUCUUACUCUGUGGGCUUUCCGCCUUUCAGAGAAUCCUGCGGCGAAGAUCGACACGCUUGCAUUCUCGGACACUGCAAACGUACAUAUUGCUCCGUUUGAGAUAUGUUUUGCGAAGAGGAUCGAUGAGAACGUGAUCAGGGAACUAUGCGCACCGGGCAAAUAAGAGGCGUUCAUUCUAGAAACCUGAAUCUUCGUGCAAAGGAGUCCGUCUUGCGUUAUGGAGUCUUUUCGUUGUCUGUCCGACUCAAACUCAUCGUUACACCUAACUUUGCAUAUCUUCUCACAGCCACGAUUGCAAUCAUGAACUGGUUCCCCUUGGUGUUACCACGCAUCGCGUAUCUCUCGAUACACUGCGAUAGUCUCCAAGUUGCGUGGCUGAUCGUGAGCCGUUUACAGACAGCCCUCGGACAAAAUGAAGUAUGGCACUGAAGUGCUUACCUU